AUGUUUGGUUCAAAGCUUUCAUCAAUUUAUCGUGGGAUUACUGCAAUUGAACAGCAUCGUGGUUUUGCAACCCUAAAGGAUAUUUCGAUCCGGUUAAAAUCUAUCCGAAAUAUUCAAAAAAUCACAAAAAGUAUGAAGAUGGUAUCUGCUGCGAAGUAUAACAAGGCAGAACGUGAGCUGAGAGGUGCUCGAGUGUACGGUGUUGGUGCAUUACAAUUCUAUAAUAAUAUUGGUGCGGCAGAGCCAACAAAUAAGCAUCAAGAAAGUACAGUGACCUCGGGAGAAAAAGAGAAACGUUUGCUAGUAUUGAUUACGUCAGAUCGAGGACUCUGCGGCUCUGUACACACGGCUGUUGCAAAGGAGGCUAAACGACUGCUGACAGAAAAGGCAUCAGAGGCAGAUUACAAAUUGGUACUGAUUGGUGAUAAAGCUAAAGCGUCUAUGCAGAUUCUUCACGCAAAUCAUGUACUAUUCUCGUGUAAUGAAAUUGGCCGUUUACCUCCAACUUUUGAAGAUGCAUCAAUUAUUGCUGCCAAAAUCCUGUCGUCGAGUUUCAAAUUUGACAAGGGGUUUAUACUGUACAAUAAAUUCAGAUCUGUCGUUUCAUAUAAGACAUCUGUAAUACCAAUGUUUACUUUGGAUGCUAUUACGAAGCAACCAACGAUGUCAAUGUAUGACUCGAUCGAUGACAGUGUGCUAAACGAUUAUGCUAAUUACUCGUUAGCUCAACUGCUCUAUUAUGCUCUGAAAGAAUCUGCUGCAUCUGAACAAAGUUCCCGAAUGACUGCCAUGGAUUCAGCAAGCAAGAAUGCUGGUGAAAUGAUUGAUAAAUUAACGAUGUCGUUCAAUCGAACACGACAAUCGGUUAUCACACGCGAAUUGAUCGAAAUUAUAUCUGGAGCUGCAUGCGUUUGA